AUGUCUAGUUACAACAGCAUUCCUACCUGUAGUUGCAUACGAUGUAACCCGCAUACGGUAUGCCUGGCCGGCUAUACAUCCGUGCCGGCGUACCCGAUGUGCUGCCAGCCUGUUCCGCUACGGCACCAGGACACUUCUGAGUUUCGAGACCUCUUUGGCGGCUCCGAAACUAAUGCCUCGCCUCCUCUAUUAGAUUUACAACUCGACUUUGGGGGAUCGGAGUUACUUGACUCCAUCCCGCUCCUGGAGGGGAACAUAAUGACAGCGGGAGAACUGGGGAAGGUGACUGAGUCUCUGGCGGAGGUCCUGGCGAGACUAGAAUCAAUAGAAAGACGGUCCGUAUCCAUUCUUUCUCCUCUCUAUCUUUCUGCUUACAUAGCUAGGCAGGCUUUCACUACUAGCAGAAAACGCAGACACCAAAAUGGUGCCGCCAGAGGCAUCAACGAGUUAUUGAGCAGCGAUUACAAUAAAGAUGACCCGAAAGAGCAGGGGAAGGGAAAGGGAUCGUGA